CUCGGAAGCCGUUUGGCAGGCAGCAGCUGGACGGUGGCAUCUCCCCCAGGCAUGCUGGAUUCAGGCUCCCCCUCCCCGCCUGCAGGCGUGAAGACCCCCCUGUGGAAGAAGGAGGUGGAGGAGCCCGAAGCCAGAGAGGAGGAGCUGGAGGACGAGUCUUCGUCGUCAUCGUCAUCGUCGGAGGUGGAGAAGCAGGAUCCCGAGGGCACGGCGGAGGUCGAGGAGGACGCCCGCGACGCGGAGGAGCGCGAGGCCCUCUCGGUGUGCUACUGCCCGCUGCGCCAGGAGCCCAGCACCCAGCAGGUGGCGCUGCUGCGACGCUCGGACAGCGGCUUCUGGGGCUGGCUCAGCCCGUUCGCGCUGCUGGGUGGCCUGGCGGCCCCUGCGGACAGGAAGCGUGGUGCGCCGGAAGAACCGUGCGUGUUGGAGACGCGACGGCGGCCACCGCGCCGCGGGGUUUGUGCGCGCUGCGAGAUCCUUUUCUGCAAGAAAUGCAAGAGCCUGCAUAGCCACCCGGCCUACAUAGAGCACUGUAUUCUAGAGCACCCUGACCUGGGUAAGGCGGAAGCCGCCAAGAGCUCUGAGUGCAUCCAGUCCCAGCCUCUGCACCCGCAAAGCUCCAAACUCUUCUAUCUCUAGUGCGUUCCACAGAGCUGUCCUUUCAAACCGCCGUCCUUGGCGCCUCCUUCCGGUGAAAAGGUCCACUGUCGGUUCACACCUGUUGUCUUGCCGAACUACAGCAAAACCUAGGCACUACUCCCCAGACAGUACCCAACAUCUACAGCUCUCCUGACCCCGCCUCCAAUACAGCCUCACCUGUAUUCUUUUUCAUGUCUUUCUGGCCAGGCGAACAGGGGCAUCGCCUGGAGAAAAACAGCCUCGGGGUUCCCUCUGCCCUUUAAGAAAGUACCUCUUUCCCUCUAAACCCUCAAUAAAGUCUCUAAUCA